CCCAGCGCGGCUAACCGGAGCAGCGACCCGGAGCAGCGCAGCGGCAGGAUGGGGAAGAAACAGAAGAAAUCCGGGGAGGACAGUGCCAAAGACCAGGACCUGGACGCUCUGGCUGCGGAGAUCGAAGGAGCCGGAGCCUCCAAGGAGUCGAAAGGGAAGAAGAACAAGAAGAAGGGAGCAAAGAAAGACGACUUCGAUGAGGAGGACAUCCUGAAGGAGUUGGAGGAGUUGUCUCUGGAGACUCAGGACGGAAAAGCGAAGAAACCAGACGCCACCGAGGAGGCGGAGAUCCUCGAGCCUCCAAAACCAGAGAAGAAGAAGACAAGAAAGGGGAAGAAGGGAGGGGCUGGUCUCGAGGAUGAGGAGCAGGGUGAUGAAGGUGAAGAUCGGGCGGAUGGAGAGAAGAACGGAGAACAGAAAGACCAGAAGAAGACGCCUCCUGAGGCUCCUCCCUCCGACUCCGACGGCGACAGCGGCUCACGCUCUCGUGUCAAAACCAAAGGAGGAAAGAAAGGAGCCAAAAAAACCUCAGUGUCUGAUGAGGAGGAGGAAGAUGUGACAAGAGGAGGAGGAGGAGGAGGAGGAAAGGAAGAAGAGUCAGAGGACGAUGAGGAGUUAACCACCAGGAGAGAGAAGAAGAAGAAAAACAAAGGCAAAGUGGAGAGUGAGGAUGAGGAGGACGGAGGAGGCGAAGGCUUCAAGAUGAAGACGGCGGCGCAGAAGAAGGCGGAGAAGAAGGAGAGGGACAAGAAGAAGAAGGAGGAGGAGAGGAUGAAGCAGAAGAAGCUCAAAGAGAAGGAGAGCGCCGUAGAGGAUAAAAAAGAGCCAGAGAAGAAGGCGACAGAGGACACGCCCCCUCAGGCCACGCUUCCUGAAGCAGCGGCGGAGGAGCAGGAAGAGGCGGAGCCAGCAGGAGAAGAUGAUGCCGAGGGCGACAAGAAGAAGAAAGACAAGAAGAAGAAGAAAGGAGAGAAGGAGGAGAAGGAGAAGAAGAAGGGACCCAGCAAGGCCACAGUGAAGGCCAUGCAGGAGGCUCUGGCCCAGAUGAAAGAGGAAGAAGAACAAGCGAAGAGAGAAGAGGAGGAGGAGCUAAAGAGGCAGGAGGAGCUGGAGAUCCAACGAGUGGAGCAGGAGCGUCUGGAGCUGGAGCGGAAGGAGAAGAAGAAGCAGAAGGAGAAGGAGAGGAAGGAGCGAAUGAAGAAGGAGGGGAAGCUGUUGACCAAAACUCAGAAAGAAGCUCGAGCUCGAGCCGAGGCCACGCUGAAGAUGCUGCAGGCCCAAGGUAUCGAAGUUCCUUCCAAAGACUCGGGGCCAAAGAAGAAACCAGUUUACAGCGACAAGAAGAAGAAGAAGGUCGUCAGCACGCCGACGCCCGAAGAAACAUCCGAGGUGACCCCACCGGCGCCAGAGACCCCGGAGCCUGUUGCCAAGGAGACGGUGGCCGAGACGCCGGCUGCGGAGCCAGAGGUGAAACCAGACGCUGCCGUGGACGACUGGGAGGCCAUCGCCAUCGCCAGCGACGAGGAGAAAGAGCUGAAGAAAGUUCACAUCGAGGUGAAGGAGGACACGGCCGCACCUCCUCCGCCGACAGGCAGCGAGGAGGAAGAAGACGAGGAGGAGGAAGAUGAGGAAGAUGACGAUGAGGAGAGCGACGCUGAAGAGGAGAAGGAGGCGGCGCCGGCGAAGCGGCCGACGCCCACUCAGGGUAAGAAGAAGGAGAGCGAGGGCGAGAGCAGCGAGAGCGAGGACGACGACGGGAGGACGAAGGAGGAGCGACUGUACGACCGAGCCAAGAGGAGAAUAGAGAAACGGAGGGCGGAGAACAUGAGGAACAUCGACCUGGAGCGGCUGAGGUCGCCGGUGGUGUGCGUCCUCGGACACGUGGACACGGGGAAGACCAAGAUCCUGGACAAGCUGCGAAACACUAACGUCCAGGACGGUGAAGCCGGAGGAAUCACUCAGCAGAUCGGAGCCACAAACGUCCCCAAGGAGACGAUCGAGGAGCAGACCAGGAUGGUUAAAAAUUUCACACAAGAAGGCAUCCGGAUCCCUGGCAUGUUGAUCAUCGACACACCAGGACACGAGUCCUUCAGUAACCUGAGGAACAGAGGAAGCUCCCUGUGCGAUAUCGCCAUCCUGGUGGUGGACAUCAUGCACGGCCUGGAGCCUCAGACGCUGGAGUCCAUCAACCUGCUGAAGGAGAAGAAGUGUCCGUUCAUCGUGGCCCUCAACAAGAUCGACCGUCUGUACGACUGGAAGAAGAGUCCGGAGACGGACGUGGUGACCACGCUGAAGAAGCAGAAGAAGAACACAAAGGACGAGUUUGACGAGAGAGCCAAGGCCGUCAUCCUGGAGUUCGCCCAGCAGGGUCUGAACGCCGCCUUGUUCUACGAGAACAAAGACCCCCGCACGUUUGUGUCGAUGGUCCCGACCUCCGCCCACAGCGGCGACGGGAUGGGGAACCUCAUCGCGCUGCUGGUGGAGCUCACGCAGACCAUGCUGGCUCGCCGCCUGGCGCACUGUGACGAGCUGCGGGCGCAGGUCAUGGAGGUCAAAGCGCUGCCGGGGAUGGGGACCACCAUCGACGUCAUCCUGAUCAACGGGUGUCUGCGGGAGGGGAUGACCAUCAUCGUCCCGGGGGUGGAAGGACCAAUCAUCACGCAGAUCAGAGGCUUGCUGCUGCCGCCGCCUCUGAAGGAGCUCAGGGUCAAGAACCAGUACGAGAAGCACAAGGAGGUUUCCACCUCCCAGGGCGUGAAGAUCCUGGGCAAAGACCUGGAGAAGACACUGGCAGGUCUGUCCCUGCUGGUGGCGCUCAAGGACGACGAGAUCCCCGUGCUCAGGGAUGAACUGGUGAUCGAGCUGAAACAGACGCUGAGCUCCAUCAAGCUGGAGGACAAAGGCGUCUACGUCCAGGCGUCCACGCUCGGCUCGCUGGAGGCGCUGCUCGAGUACCUGCGCACGUCCAAAGUUCCUUACGCCGGGAUCAACAUCGGCCCGGUUCAUAAGAAGGAUGUGAUGAGGGCGUCGGCCAUGCUGGAACACGACACCCAGUACGCUGUGAUCCUGGCGUUUGACGUGAAGGUGGAGCGGGACAGUCAGGAGAUGGCCGACGGCCUGGGGGUCCGUAUCUUCUCGGCUGAGAUCAUCUACCACCUGUUCGACGCCUUCACCAAGUACCGCGAGGAUUACAAGAAGGCCAAGCAGGACGAGUUCAAGCACGUUGCCGUGUUUCCUGUGAAGAUUAAAAUCCUUCCUAACUUCGUCUUCAAGUCCAGAGACCCCAUCGUGAUGGGCGUGACGGUGGAGGCCGGCGUGCUGAAGCAGGGGACGCCCAUCUGCGUCCCCAGCAAAGACUUCCUGGACAUCGGGAUCGUGACGAGCAUCGAGAUGAACCACAAAGCCGUGGACUCGGCCAAGAAAGGUCAAGAGAUCUGCAUCAAGAUCGAGCCCAUUCCAGGGGAGUCGCCCAAGAUGUACGGACGCCAUUUUGAAGACACCGACAUGCUCGUCAGCAAGAUCACGAGGGCGUCGAUCGACGCUCUGAAGAACUGGUUCAGAGACGAGAUGACGAGAACCGACUGGCAGCUGAUCGUCGAGCUGAAGAAGACGUUCGAGAUCAUCUGAGGACCUGACACACACACACACACACACACACACACACACACACACACACACACACACACACACACUUCCUCCCUCAGACGACCACACGAUGACGACCGGACAACAAGAACUAAACAAAAACCACCAGAACGGAAACGAGGCGUGAAACUGUUUUUCUGUGAGAAACGAACAGUUUUUUCCACUGUUGUAAACAGUGAUGGUUUGGACAUUUCACACACACACACACACACACACACACACACACACACACACACACACACAGUAUUCCAACGUGCCUGUUCUUCAGCAACAACGUUGUGUUUAUUAUUUUUUCUUCUCUGCCCUGAUCCGUGGCUCCUCCUCCCGUGUCCCAAGCUCCGCCCCCUCCUCCCCAGACUGAGGCUGACCACAGGUCAGGCGCCGGCUCUCAGCCGAACAAGGUGCAUUAUCGGAUUGUACCGAGGAGGGAAAAUCAUCUCAUUUUCUUUUUGUCCUGUUCACAAACCAUCGAACCAUCGAAGCAGCAGCGACGGUGUCGAUGUUCAGAACGUUAAACGGUCGGCCAUGUUGGGUCGAUG